AGUCUUUUGAUUGGAUCGGAGGGGUUACACCGCCGAGCAAGGUGUUCGCUUUUACCCGAAGGGCCCCGUUCGGAAAGCUGGGCUACUUUCUUUGUGCAUUUCAUUCGCUUUCUUCAUUUUGAUUCCUCGCCGCCCUUUCCUGGACGAUGUGGAUGACUGAAAGCCUGAAAAUAAUUGUGUUAUACUUUAUGAGAGAUUCUUUGGUAUUGAAAUAGGGGAACGCGGGGUGGGCGUCUUCCCUUUUCAUCCGUACGACCCCCUCAGUUUUUAUUCAUUUAUGCUUCUUCCUCUUCUUCUCUGUGAUGAGGUUUUGGUUAGGGUUUCAGUGUUCUUCGAUUUGAAGAUGAUGAAGUUUCAUUUCUGUUUUCAUUAGGUGUUGUGAUUCUUUUAAACUGAUUUACUUACAUAGGUUUGGAAGCUCCUGAAACUCAGAUCGUUUUGUAGCUCAGAGAGAUAUGUCGAGGCCACAGGUCACGAUAACCUUGGGGCGUAGUGGUCAGGUUGUAAAGAGGCCGGGACAGGGAUCAGAGGGUGGUCGUUCUGAUCAAGUUCGACCUUCCGGGGGUAAGCGAUCGAUAAGGGAGAGACUGGGCAGUAAUGCGGACAAUCCAUCGCUAUAUAGUAACCAAUCCAGAAGUAAACGACAAAGGAGAGAAAGCAAAAAGUGGAGUUCGAGUGAUGAUGAUAUUGAUGAUGGUCAGAUUGGCAGAGAUGACCUGAGAUUUAAGUUGAUGCGGAAGAACGUGUCUAGGGGCACUAGGAGUGAUGGCGAAGGACAUAACAUGGACCUCCGUCAAAAGCUGUCUAGAACAGAACACUCUGCAAUGGUGGCUACUCAUUCAUAUCAACAUAUGCCUGAACCAAAGGCCAACGGCCUUGUGAGGCGUAUUCCCCCGACAAGGAGUGCAGACGAUUUGCACCAUAUGGAUUCAUUGAGAAAAUCUUACUCAUCAUGGGCUUUGGAUGGAUUGAGACGUAGAUCCUCAGAAAGGAUUUUAGUGACUUCUAGGGGUCUCUCUCCGCCAAGGAAUAUGGAUGGUAUCCGUCCGCCAAGGAAUAUGGAUGGUAUCCGGCAGGGGCCACCAAUGAGACCUGUUGAUGCCUCAAGACCACCUUAUAUGGGCAAAGAUAUUGUUGAUUCUUCCAGAUCUACAGGUCCUAUACAUUAUAUGAAACCUAGUGUAGCUCUUGAUCCUGCAAAACCUGUUGCACGACUCCCUCCGCCGAAUGGCAUCAUGCAGAAGCCUUCGUAUAUGGGCGAGGAACCACAUACUGUCGCCAGCCUUUUGCAUUCACUUGGUCUGGGGAAAUAUGGUAUCCUAUUUCAGGCUGAAGAAGUGGACAUGACUGCAUUGAGGCAGAUGGGGGACAAUGACCUCAAAGAGCUGGGAAUACCCAUGGGUCCAAGAAAGAAGAUUCUUCUUGCUGUCAAGCCGCCUUCCAAACGACAGCCUUGACUAGUUAAACUUAAUUUGCUACACAGAGCCACAUUCUUGCUAUGAUUGAUUACCAGAGCAAGAACCUUCAUAUCAGAUAACUGCUCACCAUUGACUUUUUUUUGAAUAUUGGAGGUGCCAAUGAGUCUACCGAGGAAUGAAGCAUUGAAUCCUUUCAGCUCCGAUGGAGGAGCUUAAAGAGCUAAAGAUUGUUGAUUCCCUGUUGAUGGAUCUAAAGAAAAUUAUGUGGAGGUUUACAAUGAGCGAAUGUUAUUGUACCUUGUUGCACUGGGUUUUUCCUCCCUUAGGCUUUAAAAUAUAGGAGGAAGAAAUUAGAUUUGUUGAUUGCUUUUCGAGAACACAAUGGAUUUACAGCUUUAGUUCAAAGAUGUGUAGAUAUGGUUGCCUCAAAUUUGUUUUAUCAUCAAGAGCAAACCUUCCCCGCA